GUUAACCUAAGCCCAGCCCUAGGCAACGACUGUGAUGUGGAUCCAGCCGUGAAGAAACCAAUGCUCCACGACUUGUUCGACCUCCUCGGGCUGCCGGUCUGCAACACGGGUCUGUCCCUUUUCACCCUCUGGUCGGAGGACGCCAUCCGACGGGAGAGUUUAAAGACGUGGAAGAGCGUCGAUGACGAGGAACCUUGCAACCAGACCGAUGAUGAAUCCUAUGCCAGUACUGAACCUCAGGUCCAAUCGGCACGUGAUGAUCCGCGACCGCGGACAGCGGUGAACGUUGUGACUGUGGCGAAAAAAUGGCGAAAACGGCAACAGUGCAAGGAGAAACACCGGACUGUGAAAAAAAAUUGCUCCGGGGUGAAUAGUGUUGGCGUUUGUCAGAAGGACAUAAAUGACAACGAGAUGGACAAACCGACACCGCCCCGGACAUCGCCAAACCCGGCCAACAUCGCCAAUGACAGAGAGGCCGGUCAGACCCGAAAGACCAGACUAAAAACUAGACAG